AUGUUCCCAGCCGCUCGUCUCACCGCUUUCCUCUCUCUCGUCCUCGUCGCCUCGGCCUCGCCUAUCGAAUCGUCUCACAACAGCCAAUCCAACACUGGUCACCUUCUGAUCUCAAAUCAUAUCAACACCAACAGCGGCAAGAACCUCAUCGUCGCCGACCAAGCCCGCAUCGCUUCCAUCGUCUCGCGUGGAAAGACGACCAAGGGUGUAGUCUCCGAUGCCAAGACCAAUGGCAGCUCUGGGAGCGCUCCUAUUACCUCACAGACCGUCAUCUACACCGCUUCCAUUGGAGUUGGUAGCCAGAACUUCACGGUCAUCGUCGAUACUGGCAGCUCGAACACCUGGAUUGGCGCGGACACGCCCUACCAGCCUGGUGAUACCAGCACUAACACUGGUGCUGAGGUGUCUGUCAGCUACGGUUCUGGCUCCUUCAGCGGCACUGAAUACACUGAUACUGUCACCCUCGGCUCGCUCACGGCCACGAACCAGUCCAUCGGUGUUGCCAGCCAGGCUGACUUCCCGCAGUUCGACGGCAUCCUCGGCAUCGGCCCAACUGAUCUGACAGAGAACACCGUGGAAGGUGUUGACACUGUCCCGACCUUCACAGACAGCCUCUUCCAGGAGGGUGUAAUCUCGACUGACUCUGUUGCUGUGUCUUUCCAACCUCUGACGUCCGACUCGGACUCUCCUGACGCUAACGGCGAGCUCACCUUCGGAGGCACCGACUCGUCUAAGUUCACCGGCGAGAUCACGUAUACCCCGCUCACCACGACAGCCCCCGCGAACCAGUUCUGGGGCAUCGACCAGACCGUCUCCUACGGUGACUCGCCCAUCCUGUCCAUGACUGCCGGCAUCGUCGACACCGGAACCACCCUCAUUUACAUUGCGUCGGACGCCUUCAGCCAGUACCAGGAGGCCACUGGCGCCACACAGGACGAGGAGACCGGCCUUCUUACUGUCACCGAGGACCAAUUCAGCCAGAUGAGCAGCCUGGUCUUCAACAUCGGCGGCGUGGAUUUCGAGUUAACUCCCGAUGCCCAGAUCUGGCCCCGCUCUCUUAACUCUAAGAUUGGCGGAUCCGAGGACAGCUACUACCUCAUCGUGAACGACAUCGGCACUCCGUCUGGCCAGGGCAUGGACUUCAUCAACGGUUACGCCUUCCUCGAGCGUUUCUAUAGUGUCUUCGACACCACCAACAGCCAGUUUGGUAUCGCCAACACGCAGUUCACCAACGCGACGACCAACGCGGCUUAG